CUUAAAUCCUGUUAUAUGCAUAUACAAACAUGUAUUUGCUUAGUACAUUAAUAUAGUUAUUGCUAAUCAAUUUCGCACAUUUCAUCACUUAUACUUUGUCUAAAUAUACAUAUUUGAUUUUGAUUUGCUCAACAAAAAUUAAUUAAUUUAUUGCUUUCGAGACUGGAAAUAAAUGGCCAUACAUAUAUACACAUACUAGUACAUAUGUAUGUAUUUUUAACUUGAAAGAUUUUGAUAAAACCAUAUAAUCGUAAAAAUCCCUGAAUUUGGUGUCACAAUACAGAAUAUUCGCUUAUUGUCAUGCUUGGUAUUUACAAAUAAUGAAGUCCAUGGCAACUGUUAUAUUAUUUUCAUUUUGAAAUCGGUUUCUAAGGAAACACUAUAAAAUAACAAUCGAGUAAAUAUCUUUUAUAAUUAAAUAUAUAAAAUGGAUGAGCUGUCAGAAUACUCCUCAGAAAUUCUAGAAUUCAUGCCAACACAACAGAUGGGGAAGCAAUGUAAAAUGGUCGAAGCUUGUGUAAGCACAGACUUACAGGCAAGUAGUCAGGAUAAAUAUGUGGAAACGACACUUGGUUUACACACAAGCACACAAACAGAACUCUCCGCUUCAUCACAUAGCCAAGUUGAUGAGCAAAGACUUGCGAUGUGGUUGAGAAAAAUUUAUCCAGCUGUUGAAGCACAACUACUCAAAGGAACUACUCCUUUAAACAACAGCUGUGAGACUGUUGGCCAUGCUUUUACCUCUUCCACCGAAAAAUUGAAUAUUCAAAUAUAUCAGAAAAUCACCGUUGGAGCAACAGAAAAUUCCCAAGGCAUCGCAACAUGGUUAUCGGUACAUACAAACAAUGCACCCAUCCUAGUGGUAAGCACCAGAUCGCCACAUGACAGCUGGUGUGAUCAUUUGCAGCAAACUCUAAAGCUGUUGAUACCCAACCGCAUGCAAACAGGCAACCUAGUUGUUUAUACUGAAGUGAAAAGUCUGUCGCUUAAGGCAUGUCUUCUUUGCCUCAGUACGAAUACGUACAACAAGAGUAUAUUUGCUGGCUCCACCAUGGACGGUGACAUACAUAUAUGGGGAUGUCGAUCAAGUAAUCGAGUUGGAAAUAAUAAAUCGUAUGUAAAUUUGGCCAGUACAUAUGAAAUUGAAGACCUAUUUUGUGCAGCAUCUCCUCACGGUUAUGCUGUGGUUUUGUGCUGGUCAAGUGAAAAUCGUCUGCUUAGUUUCCAUUCUAAUGGUUUCAUCCUUAGCUGGAUAGUGGGCAAAGAAUUGCUUUUGGAAAAUGAUUUCCAACUAAAAGUGCAAGUCAGUGAGAUUACAGCGGCUGUUUGUUUGACUGCGAACACUUGCGUUGUAGGCGCCAAGGAUGGUUCCCUAUUUUUGUGUACUAUAACCAGUUUCGGUACAAUGCGAAAACAAAUGGAAGUAGUGCCGUUGAAAAAGCAUUCAUUUAUGAUUUCAACAUUAAUCAAAACCGUGUUCAAUAAUUGUCCAUCGGUUAUAAGUUGCGAUUUAAGCGGAGAAGUCCUUUGUCACAGCAUAUCACAUACAAAGGAGGAAAAUCGGGUCUUACGGAUCCCGUUGCCAUUUAAAAAUGCGAUUACCUGUUCUAAGGAUGGACAUGUUAUCUAUUCUCCCGGGACCGAUGGCUCUUUGGAAUGUUAUAACAUAGUCAGUGGAGUUCAUACUAUUGUUAAAGGGGCUUUACGUGGCAAAGGGAAUUUCAUCGCCUCUAGUGAUAAUGGGAACUGGAUAAUCACUGGACUUUACGUAGAAGACUUCCAAAUAUUUUACAUAGACCAGUAGAUGGUGCAUGAAGAAUUCGCUAUACGCAAGACAAAAUAUGUAUAUGUAUAAAUGGUAUAUCUGAACAUUUUGAGUACCGCUGUUGCAAUGAGUAAAAGAAACAAUAAUAAAUAAUAUUAAUUUAUAAUAAAUGGAA